CUUUCCGUAGGCAGUCGCGUAAGUUCAUUGGAACGGUAAUGGACGUCGUGUCAGUAUUUGGAACUCGCGAUUUUUGUUUAUAUCUACGAUAAUCUGCAUUGAAAACUUUUGUAACCACUUUAAAAAUCGUACACAUUGCACAAGGAUGUAGUGCGCGCAUUUAGUAUUAACCCAAAUCGUGUUAUUUACCUGUUUUCCGUGUCUUUUAUCCACACCUCUUGCUACUGAAGUAAUUGAUUGGUCUAAAGAAGUGUAGUGUAAUUUUUUCCUUUCGUAUUAUCGUUUUACAUCAAAGUUUGUUGAUAUAUUAAGUUUUUAUGAACUUUAAUUUGUAUUAUAAUUGUUAUUGUGUAAGUUUAACGACGUUAUAAGUGUACAAUAGUAUUUUAAUAGGCGUAUAACAAAAUGGUUUCGUUGUGAACAGUAAAGUAACAUUGAACGUCAAGCAGGAUGGCUCUAUUGGAAAGUCAAUUGGACUCUGCUCUCCCUCAACUGAAGAGCGAUGAAGAGAUGCAUCCAAGUAGCGGUGAUGAGGGUAAGACCCCAGAGAAGAAGCCCAAGGUGGAGAAUGGAGACAUAUAUGGAUUGGAGAAAGUGCCUGGUGGUCUACCAUUGAGUGUGGACUACCGUUCGCCCGUGUCGCAUUUCGUACCGCCCGCGGUGGAAAUGUACGCUGCCAGACAGAAGCCUGAAGUUAUAUCACCGAGCACGAGCCUUUUAAUGCCGGCGAAACGAAAGCGCGGAAGGCCGAGAAUUGACAAGACAAGCCCCGAAUAUUUAGCCAACUUGGCGGCGAGAAAACAGGCAAAAGAAAUGGCUGCGGUGAUGAACAAUAGGACGCCAUCUAGCGACACGGGGGAGAAACGCAAGCGGGGCAGGCCCAGAGUUGACAAAACCAGCCCCGAGUAUCUGGCCAGGAAACGCGCCAGGGAGUUGGAAGCCCUGGAAAGGAAGGCGAAACGCGAAUAUAAACGCCGAGGGACUGCAGACUCCGCCGCUUCUUCCUCUACUGGCGACACAACACCACGCGUCAAGCGUAAAUACACUAAACGCACACCAAGCACCAAGAAGAAUGAUAUGAACCCGCAGACUGAACGCGUCAAAGGCAAAAGGGGGCGACCCAGAAAAGUGGACCAAUUGACAGCUAACAACAGAACUACCCAGCAACCUAAGAUCCGUGUGCGAAGCAAUCUCAUGCCGGUGAACACGGAACCCAUUAGUCUGGACAGCGACGAUGAACCGGACUUGGGCUCGCCAAGUCAAGCUUCUGAUUCUCUAAGUCUAGAUGAAAAUCUGAGAGCAAUAAGACAUAUACACGAAAAGUACGCCAAUAUUGACAAGGAUGAUUUGUAUGAAACACAUCUACUAGCGGCUAACUUCAAGAAACCUCCAAACGAAGCGCAAAGACUCAGAGAUGAAGACGAGGUGCUUUCCAUAAGAAGUUCAGAAGACUGUGCGUCCGUCAAAGAGUUGGAGACCAGAGUUGAAAAGUUGGAAGACAGCUCCAACUCGGACUCCGACAGCAGUAGUUCGGGAUCAGGCAGUUCCAGCUCGGGCUCCAGUUCUUCCUCCAGUUCGGACAGCUCUAGUUCUUCCGACAGUUCGGACAGCGAGUCGGAAGAAGAGAAACCGAAAGCAGUGGAAGAACCGCCGCCUCCGCUGAAUAACGUAACAGAAGACGACCAGUCAUUUGGCGCCUGGUCGUACAGCAACCACCAAUCCGACUCGGAAACGGAUUCCGACCCGGAGAAACAGACUAACACUACCGGAACCGGAAGUGAGAUACCUAUACCGCCCCGUACCGAGUUGGAUGAGAUCAGCGAGUCCGAAAACGAGUCUGCCGACAAGAGCUUCCAAUGCCACAUAUGCCACAAAUGGUAUUCCACAAGGAUCACGCUCAAAAUCCAUCGGCGAGUACAUCAGAACAGGGGCACCGGUAAUUCAAGAUCACGAACCCGUUCGUCCGACAGAUAUGAGUGCGACUGCUGCAACGAAACCUUCAGUCGACGCGAGAAACUAUGGGAACAUAAGGCUGAAGCUCACCGCGGCUCGAUGAUGGUGCGGUGUGAAGUGUGCCGCAAGUGUUUCGAGGACGACGCGGAGCUUGCGGCGCACGACCGCACCCACACGCCGGACGAGCGGGCGUGUCGUUGCACCGAAUGCGGCGCCUCCUUCGCCCGCUACGACCAACUGCGGCGUCACCGCGCGUGCGUCCACAACGCGGGCCCCACCGCCAACAGUGCGGCGGGCAACAGCGGCAGGUUGCCGCACGCGUGCGCGCAGUGCGGCAAGCGGUUCGGGCACGCGCACUCGCUCACGCGGCACCUGCACAACCACGCCAAGCAGCUGUACCGCUGCGUCGUGUGUAAGGCGUCUUUCGCCCGCGCCGACCAGCUGGCACAGCACCUCAACAGCCACCUAGCGACCUACAAACGAUUGAAGCCCUAACGAGAAACGGGACGAGUGCAAGAAAAAUCAAAAUCAAUUCACACUGACACACAUACACAAUUAUUGAUUUAUUAUUAUAUUAUAUUAAUAUAGAGUUUUAUUU